CAGCUCCGUUAUUCUCCCCUCAGCUUCAGGACACACUCCUCGAGAGACGCACUUCAGCAUGUCGGUGGCUCUGCGCACACAGCUGUUUCUCUUUCUUAUCUGCGUUUCAUUAAGGAUGGGGCUCGCUCGCUACAUCGAGGACAACGAAGCCUCAGAUGGAUUAUAUUCUUUGCUGAGUUUGGCCCAGAAAAGAGAAUCAGAGGAUUUUAUUUUCCGCCGACCUCUCAGAUGCUUGGACAUGCUGGCCACUGAUGGCCUCUUCACCUUUGUGGCAUCAAAGCCACAGCUGGCAUGUGCAGCUUUCAUCAUAGCUGAGCCCAGUGAAGUCAUCAGUCUGGAGCUGUCUGACGUCAGCAUCGACUGCAGCGCUGGAGACUUCAUAAAGAUAUUUGAUGGCUGGGUUUUGAAGGGAGAGAAGUUCCCCAGCAAUCAGGACCAUCAUUUACCCCUCUACGAGCGCUACACAGACUACUGUUCCUCCACAGCACCAGGAGCCACCAGCCGCUCUUCUCAGAAUGUUGCCAUGAUCUUCUUUCGCAUUCACAGCCCUGCUAGUGGCUUCACCCUCGCUGUCAAGAAACUAUACAACCCUUUCCCCUGUAACAUCAUGUCUCAGAGUCCAGAGGGAAGCUUCACCAUGGUGAUGCCACAUCAGCGCAAGAACUGCAGCUUCUCCAUCAUCUACCCCGUGGAGAUCCGACUGACAGAACUCAGCCUGGGGCAGGCCAAAAGCAAUGAGCUAAGUCCACAGAGACUGGCGUGGUCUGGCUGCUCAGGGUCAGGUGACUAUGUGGAGCUGCUGGGAGGGAAUGGGGUGGAUACCUCUAAGAUGUUCCCUGUGGCCGACCUCUGUUUCUCCCUCAGUGGACUCGCCCAGAUGAAGAUUGGUUGUGAUAACUCAGUGGUGAGGCUCGUGUCCAGUGGGAACUAUAUCAACCGUGUUUCCUUCCAGUACCAACUACUGGAACACAAUGAGCUUCCCAAGGCCCGAGAGAACAGUUUGGAAAACUUCUGCACUGUGGAAUAAGAUGUCACAACACAUACGCAUAUGUACACUUGUGAGCACACACAGUCAUUCAUCUCUCUGUUAAAAAAUACCACUUUAAUGAAAGUGUCACAUUUAACUAAUUGUAUUAGUAAGUAUUUUGUAUUGUAUUUGCCAAAUAUUUUAUUAAGCUAUUAUGUUAGCUUUGAUCAUAGCCUAUUUAUUUAAAAAGAAUAUUCUCCUUAAAGUUAUGGGUGAUAGUGGAUUUUUUUCCUUUUUAAUUAUUUGUCAUUAAAAUUUGUUGUUUGUGGUUUUUAGUUGGUUUGACAUCCCUGCUGCCUCUUUUCUUUAUAUUGCCUCGACGAUUUAAGAAAUAAAUAUGAACUGCAUGAUGAAGCACA